AUGGCAUCUUCAUCUUUUCUUCCUACGAAGGAAGUGGAAGGUGAGAGCGUAACAGUUCCAAAUUGGCUUGAACUUCCGAAAGACAUCACUGCAAACAUUCUUCAGAGACUUGAUACCUUUGAAAUUGUAACAAGUGCAUGUCUAGUUUGUCCUCUAUGGUGGAAUAUAUGCAAGGAUCCCCUCAUGUGGCGCACUAUUAGCAUGAGAAAGAGAAACAUUUACCAUUCAGACAACAAUUUGGUUGAUAUUUGUCGCUUUGCCAUUGAACGAAGUUGUGGUCAACUAGAAAGCAUUUGGGUUGAGUAUUUUGGCACCAAUGAGCUCCUUCAAUGCAUAGCUGAGAAUGCCAGUAAACUACGAUGCUUGAGGUUUGUAAAUUGCUGGAGAAUUACAGAUAAAGGAUUCAGUGAAGCUGUUAGAAAUUUUCCUUUGUUAGAAGGACUGGACAUUUCAUUGUGCAACCUAUCAAAGUAUUCUCUUGAAGUUGUUGGCCGACGUUGCAAGCUGCUAAAAUGUCUAAAAUUUGUAAGAAAUGGUUUUUAUGAUUUUGAUGGUGAUGAUGAGGCAUUUGUUAUUGCAGAAACAAUGUCCGGACUACGCCAACUUAAUAUUAGUGGAAAUGACAUGACAUAUGUUGGGUUGAUUUCAAUUCUUGAUGGUUGUCCUCUUCUUGAGACUCUAAAUAUUCGAAGAUGUUAUAAUGUUAAUUUGAGUGGAAGUUUGAGGAGAAGGUGUCUUGAGCAGAUCAAAGAUGUGCAGCUUCCAGUUCAGCAUUACAUUGAAGAGUACGAUUAUGAUGAUGAUCAUGUAACUUAUCAUGAUUCUCUGUUAGAUGAUGACUGUUAUGAUCCUUAUGAUUAA